UCAUAUAAACAAACUUUUUUUUUUAGAGCAACGUGUUUUGAGUUUGAGUAUUUUUGUGAAUAUAUUUAUUAAUGGUUUGCUUCCGAGAAGUAUAAUAAUGACUGAAGAUUCAUCAAAAAUAAAUACUAAGUUAGGCAAAAGAAAAAAUGCAAAGCUAUGGAAGAAUUCUAAAAAUAAAAAAUCAAAAUUACUUCAAGAAGAUACACCAGCUUUGAAAAGUAUUCUGAAGAAAGAAUCAAAUCACGAGAGUGGAAAAAACAAGCUCUCUCCAAAUCAAAAGAAACAUGAUUUCUCUAAAAUUAAGAAAAUAAAGCAUGAUCUGCAACCUGAUAAAACAGAACCAUCAUUAAAAAGAAAAAAUGAAAAUCAAACUGAAUCCGAAAACAAAAAAAUAAAACUUUGUGAGCUGAAAAAAAAGGCUCGUAAAUUAGUUAGAAAGAAAAGUGAUCAGAAGAAUUUUGAAGUUGGAAAAAAUUUGUUGAAACUAUGGGAAGAGCUUCGAAGAGAAGACUGUCAUCCUGAAAGAAAAAGCCAAUUAUUGUCCCAGAUAUGUGAAUUAAUUAAAGGCAGAGUUAAAGAAUUCACAUUUGCUCAUGAUACUGUCCGUGUUUUGGAAUGUGUUCUUGCAAGUGGAACCGAAAGUCACCGCUCUCUAGUGUUUGAAGAACUGAAAGGUGAUAUUAUUUCACUCUCAAAAGCAAAAUAUGGAAAGUUUUGUGUCUUAAAAAUGUUGCGAUAUGGAUCAAAGCGACAAAAAGAAGAAAUCAUGAAAACAUUUCACGGACAUGUUAUUUCCCUUAUUCGCCAUAAUGAAGCUGCAGAAGUUGUAGAAGCAGCAUUCAAUGAGUGUGCUAAUUCUUUGCAACGAUUUGAGUUAAUUCAAGAAUUUUUCGGUGCUGAUUAUAAAUUUUUCAAAACUUCAAACAUUCAAUCUUUAGGAGAAAUUUUAGAAAAGAGCCCAGAAACUAAAUCAGUCAUUAUAGACAACAUCAAAAGAGAACUUAUGAAGGUCUUAGAAAAGUCAGUUGUGAAGCACAGCAUUGUACAUUACAUCUUGUUGCAGUUCAUGCUUUAUUGUGACCCUGCUUCUAGAUCAGAAGUGAUAGAAUCUCUUCGUCCUGUUGUGCCUGAAAUAUUGCACACUAAGGAUGGCUCAAGGGUUGCUAUGCAUUGUAUUUGGCAUGGAAAUAUCAAAGAUCGUAAAGUUAUCAUGAAAGCAAUGACUACUUUUGUGCCUAAAAUUGCUAUUGAAGAACAUGGCCAUAUGGUUUUACUGGCCUUAUUUGAUUGUGUUGAUGAUACUGUUGCUCUUGGAAAGUACAUAAUUAAAGAACUUGUGAAGAAUUUGCUUGAACUUUCUCAAAAUAUUCAUGGAAAAAAAGUUCUGAUUUAUCUUGUAAAUCCCAGAGAUCCACAUUUUAUACAUCCAGAUAUAAUUAGUAUUUUAAAAACUGGUGAUGGCAAUGUAAACAGCAAAAAGAAUCCUGUUGUUCGAAGCUCAGAGCUGAAAAGUAUAAUUUCGGAACCUUUAAUCCAACUUAUUGUCUCAAACAUUCCAGCACUGUAUACUGAUAAUGCAUUUUGCCUGUUCUCUGCUGUUAUUUUGAAACAUAUUGCUGGUGAUAGAACUGCUGCGUUCCGUUCUAUAGCAAAAAUAGCUGCUGAGCCAUAUAACUCUGAUAACAAAAACAAACAUAUAAUAGAGGUUUCAGGGUCUAAUUUUAUGCUGAAGCAACUUAUUUUAAAUGAUGCCAGUGUGUUAAAGGAAAAAGACUGCACCAGUACUGAUACUUUUAGUUAUGUAUUGGCCAAUACGGUUCCAUCUGGUGUUUUGAAAACUUGGAUUGAAUGUAAUCGAGGUGCUUUCCUUUUAGUCAGUCUCUUAGAAACUGAAAUACCAGAAGUUGUUGAGAAAGUAAAGGAAGAACUGACAGGGUGUAAGAAGUACUUAGCUAAAAAAAAUUACAAAGGGGCAGAGAUACUGUUAAAGUUGUUAAAGAAAGUGUAAAUAUUGAUACGUAAUAAAAUCUGUAUUAUAUGUU